AUGACUAACGCGAGGACGGUUCUUCUCGUCCUAGCGACGACGCUCGUCGCCGCGACUGCCGCCGCGCCCGUCGACUCGGAGAAGGCCGAGGUGCUCCGCUUCCUGCGCGCGUACGGUUUUCUAAAGAACGACGGAGAAUCGCUGUCGUCCGAUAACGCGACAUCUCUGCGUCGCGCGUUGUCGCUGUUUCAGGAAUACUAUCAAUUAUCGGGAAACGGCACGUUAGACGCCGUUACGCUUAGCCUUAUGCGCAAAUCGCGAUGCGGUCUCGCGGACAUUCCCGAUCGCGCGUAUAGCCCGAUCUCGCGAAAAUGGCCGAAAACGCGUCUCACGUGGAACUUCCAGGUAGCUAGCGAGGAACUCUCGCGAACGGCCGAAGCGGCGUUCGCGUUAUGGGCGGUGAAUUCGUCGCUAACCUUCGCGCGUGACCCGCUGCAACCCGAUAUAUUGAUAUCGUAUCGAACGGGCGCGCACACUUACGCGAAUCGCCGGAACAUCGGCGUUUGCCCGGCGACCUUCGACGGUUCCGGGGGAGCCCUAGCUCACGCGUUCUUUCCCUCGGGAAUGACCGAUUUCGCGUCGGAGGUACACGUUGACGAUUCGGAACCGUGGCACGUGUAUCUAAAUAAAAAUCCUCCCAACACGCACCAUUUGUUGCAAACGCUAACGCACGAGAUCGGCCACGCUUUGGGUCUGCAACACAGCAGGCGCAACGACUCGAUAAUGUUCCCGUAUAUACCCGACAUCGAGAAUCAAUUUCCGGUUAAGCUGAGCAUAGAGAAUAUUCUCGCUAUACAGAAUCUGUACGGGUCUCACGACGACGGAAACUAUCCGACGGCGACUCCCGCGACCACCGCGGCGCCCGCUACGACGAGCGUCGCGCCAAUCGACCCCGCAUGCGCGGAUCUCUGCGCUUUGCGGCGCGUGGACGCCGCGCUGAUAAUGAAUCACGCUGAUAAUGAAUACAAUCAUCGAUUGUACAUAGCUAAUCGUCGCAAUGUGUGGUCGAUCGAUGUAACCGAGAGACGCUACGGUAGGCCCAUGACGCUCACGGAUUACGCGGCGUUUCUCCCGGCGAAUUUCACGCGCCUAUCUGCCGCGUAUCGAAAACCCUCGGGCGAUCUCACGCUAUUCGCGGACGAUUCGAUCUACCUCGCGGAAUAUCCCAGCCUUAAGCUAAAAUCGGGUUGGCCGAGAUAUCUCCACGAUAUCGGACUUCUCCGAAACGUUAAGAAUAACGCUGCGAUAAACACGCACACGGGAUGA